GUGUGUGUGUGUGUGUGUGUGUGUGUGUGUGUGUGUGUGUCCAUUCUGACCCCUGAGGCAGUACAUGUCAGUCUUCCGCUGUUUAGGUUACAAAAAAGAUCAGGGUUAACAACAAACGCACAUAAAAACAGGUCAUAGAGGCUUCACACCUGAGCAUUUUCUUUUUAGCAACGGCAAAACUGUAUUUAAAUCGAAUUACCUCAUAAACUUCACAUGGCUCCUGAAAUUGUUCUGGAUUAUUCCUAUAGAAAAGUUAAGGCUAAGCUAUUGAUUAUCUGUAGAUGCUGUGUUUCAAAGAGCAGGCCUUUGUUUGAAUUAGCUGAUGAGUGUGUGUGUGUGUGUGUGUGUGUGUGUUAGAUUUAGCCCCUCGUCUGGGUCCGUGUGUGUGUGUGUGAGUGCCAGCCAAAGUGCAGCAGCAUGAAUAUGAUCACAGCACAUCUUUGUGUACACAAUGUGCAUGUGUUUGUGUGUGUGCGACCGCGUGUGUUUAUCUCUGCGUGCUUAAUCCUCAGAUCAUCCCCUAUUCAUCCUCUCAUCCUCCUCACUUACAGCCCUAAUCCCGUCAUCCCUGGCUCUCUUUUUUUUUUUUCUUCACCCAGCCCUUUAUCCAUUUAUCCCUCUAUCCCGUUAUCUCUCGCUCGCAUCCACCGCCCCUCCGUCCCCUCGCCUCCCACUCCAGCCCAGCUCCCUUCUUUUUUGCCCCAUGUUUUCCCUCCACCAAUCACUUAUCUUGCCCUCCCUGCAUCCCUCCAUCCCUCUGGACCCAGUUCUAGCCAGCCUCAGCAGAUGUCUGAAAGCUUGGCAUCACAUGGCUUUUCUUUUUUUAUUUAUUUAUUUUCUUCUCCCCGCAGAGUUCAUUCCCUCCCAUAUGAAAAUGCAGUGCAAGGAACUGCACUCUCAUCUCUGCAAAAAAUUAAGCGCCUCCUAACAGUACAGUGGUGGGAAGUGGGGGAAACUGAGCCCGAGCCAGAAGAAGAAAAAAAGGCGCAAUGCAGCGAAAUCCAGAUUCCUGUGCAGGUUGAGGUUUAGAUACUGGAGUCUGGCGCUGCCACAGUUCUGUGAGACUUCCAUCUGUGUGGCGAAGGCAGCUGCAGCAGAGAGAAGGCGAACUAGGAGCCAUCCCACGCAGCUAGCUACCUAGCUGUCUACCGACCGGCCUUCCCUCCGCUGCUUUUUUUGGAGCUGACAGGCUGCCACGCAAUAAAUAAAUCAUCCAAAAAAAAAAAAAAAAAAAGGAGCUGCAAUGCAGUGGGGGUCGCAUUCGUGUUCUGUACUCUCAGGCAGCCAGUGCGUGGAUAGAAGACAGCAUCUCCUUCCUUCCUGUUCCUGUUCUCUCUCCGGGGGGCUCUAGGAGAACAGCAACAGCAGCUUUCUGACUCCAUCCAGAAGCAAGGGUUAAGUGGCUACAUGGAAAGGAUGGAUGCUUUGAUGGAUAGGAGGGACUGAAGGGCCGAGAAGGAGGGGAAGUUCUCAAAGAGAGGGCGGGAACAAGAGGAAGCGAAGGGGGAGCAGCGGUGGGACGUGUAACGCGAGCGUGUGAAUGACAGACGCAGAGCUAAGAGAAUAGAGAGAGAGACGGGAGAGAAGAGGCUGUCAGGAGGAGAGAGAGAGACAGAAAGGCCCGAGGGGGAUCAUAGCAGCAGGGCCGAGGGGGGGGGAGAGACGCAGGAAAGAGAGGCAGAGCGAGGCUCGCGUGCCGGAGACGUGGAAGAGAGGAGGAAAGAGGGAGUGAACGAGGGAGAAUUUGAAUGUGCGAGACAGACGUGGACUGAAGCCACCGUCGGCUCAUGGUCUUAGAGCACAGUGAGGGGAGAGGAGACGUACAGACACUCGGGGGAGAGGAGAGGAGAAGGAACGAGAGCUGGUCAGCAGUUGUUCCUCUAGAGCAGACGAUGAUGGGGCUGUACUACCAAGCAAUGCUGCCGGGCUCUCAGGAUUCGACAGGAGGACAGGAGGGAUUGGUGGCCCCGCCCUUUUCAGCGUUCCCCCCUCCACCCCCUCCUCAAAACGGGCUGCCAGGGACAGAAUUUGGCCCUGGGGCCAUGUUUGGUGCUGGGGGCGCGGCUGACGUGGGGGCCGGUGCUAACGGAGCCGCCUCCUCCACCACCACCAUCACCACCAACAGCAUCAUCGGAAAGACAGACGAGGUGCCCCAGGGUGAGGCGGGUGUACCAGGUGGCACGGGAGGCGGAGGCUCUGUGGAAGAUUUGGAUGACAAAGGGACCCCCAAACGCCUCCACGUCUCAAACAUCCCCUUCCGCUUCCGGGACCCUGACCUCAGGCAGAUGUUUGGGCAAUAUGGGAAGAUUCUGGAUGUAGAGAUCAUUUUCAACGAGAGGGGCUCAAAGGGUUUCGGCUUUGUGACAUUCGAGACCAGCGCAGAUGCAGAGAAAGCCCGGGAAAAGCUCCACGGCACAUUGGUGGAAGGUCGUAAGAUUGAGUCAGCCGUAUUAAUCAACGAGCAGUCGUUCUCUGUUUUGGGUCAUCACUCUGCAUGUACUCUGUCGUGCUCCGGUAGUGGUGUCGGGCUGUAGCGAGUCGUGCAUCAGGCUGCAUGGCGGGCCGGCUACAGGAGUCCGUAGAGUAUCUCUCUCUGUGUGUCUGUCUGUGGUGCAUGGGCUCGAGGAGACAAAAGGCUGGCGCAGGACGAGUCGUGGAUACGUGUUUGCACAUUCUUUUCAACCCGAGGAGAGAGGGCCAGACUUUUUCUUUUCAGAGGCAACGCCAUCUGGCUUCGACUGGUCGUAUCAUUUCAGAGUUUGUUGAAUUAUUAGUUGUUUUUUUUUAGAGAUGAAUAUGGCAGAAAAAUAACGACGGUAAUCUGCACAAUAAUUCAUGAACUCUGAAAUAUCGGCCUCCUGUAUACAGCGGUUACACAUGAAUACUUCACUAUUACUGUGUGUGAGUGUGCGGUUCACUGCUAUCCACCGGCAUGAGUUGGGUUGACGUAGGCUGCAUGGUUGGUAUUUUAAUGUGGAGAUGUGGAGCUGAGGCAGAACCGCAGACAGCUGGAUGUGUGUCUUUUUUUACUCGCAUGUUUAUUCUCUGCGGCCGUUCGUUGAACUCGUUUUGGUGAUGGGGACUGUUCACUUGUUCGGUUGGCAUGAAAUCCAUUGCACCUGGGUGCCUCCUAGUCUUACUCCACUCACUGAGGGGAAAAAACAAAAAAAGGCUGAUUAUUUGAGUUCUUAGUUUUUUUUGAGUAUGUUUUGAUUGAAUGAUUUAAAAAAAUGUUUGCUGAACUUAACUGGAGUGCAGGCGUUUGGUAUUCUUUGUGCAUGCCAAUGGGAGUUGGCUAGUAGCUCUUCUCAUAGCUUAGCUGCCCCAUUAGCGUGCAUGUGUUGUAGCCUGUAGGAACCAGAAAGAGAAUUGUUGUGCUUAAAGUUGUACUGUACUUCUCUUCGUCUGGAAUAAAACUCUGCGCUUUGAAGAAGUCAGUUCCCUGUGUGCUUCCAAUGUAUCCAUGUAAGUGGCCCAACUACGAUUCACUUUGUCUCUUCCUGCUUCUCUGUGAUCCCAUCUCAUCACAAUUCAUUCUAUAUAUAUAUAGAGUCCUGUAGGCCUAUAUAUAGGUUGCACAGUGUGUAUCUCAGUAUGCACUCACAAACAUACGCACCUCCAUGCAUCUCCACCCACUCAGGGCUGUCUCCAACAUAACGUGUCUGCCUCGGGUAGUAACAUUGUGGCUGUCAUCGACUGUAGGACCUAAUCACAGAGUCUCUCCAAACCAUUCAGUCACAUGCGUAGUCACAGAUUUCAUUCUUGCGCUGCAAUGACUGUCUGUGCAGGAAGUGCAUUAGGGUCACUGUGUGGUCUCAUUUUGCGCGGCCGCAAAAAACCCUCGAUCAGGAAAUCUUUAAGUUCACGUUGCAUAAACGUAGUAGUCCACACCAAAACCAGGGGAAUUCGUGCUUCUCGUUACCCAAUUCGACACCAUGGUAAAACAAAAACAAUAAAUCCUAAGGACGUAAACACACAUUCCUUUAUUAGCGUUCUGUUUUGUAGUUUAUUAUUAAUGAUGAUUUACCUUAAGUUUCCCGCCAAAAACAACAUUUUACAAGAUUACAUUUGAGCACAUCAUGAUAGCAUUAUAAUUAAUCUUUGCCCAGUUCAGAUUUUUAAUGAAUAAUAUCUUCAACAUAUCUUACUGUCUUUCAAUGAGACCGCCAUGCGUUAGCCGUUAGCGCCGUUAUUUAGCAAAGCGGACUGGGCAGCCCACCGGCUGCUAAAAGCUAACGUUAACUAGCUCUGCUCCUGCCGAUUUCAGCACUUAUUUGUUGUUCGCGAUGUUGCAUUAAAAGGGACAUUUUCUAUUUUCGCCGGGACGCGGAUAAUCUUGAGCCCUGAUCCCCGGUAUCUACGGUACCAGUACAAAAUAGUCCGGUAAGAUUUUGAGAAUCGUAUGAGAAAGUCGUUGUGACAUCCCGACUGGCUAUUAGAAUUCAAACUAAUUCCAACCGGAAUAGUUUCAUUUUAUCUGGGAAUGAACCCUACAGACUCCCGUUCACUAACUCCUGCUCUGAGGUUGCGUGUCUGUGCUUGAUCUGUGUGGCUUGAGUGUUACAGGAAGUGACUGCUCCUCCGCAGCGCAGAGUUUUAGUCAGACAUUUGAACACAACAGAGCAGAAAAGCUGAGGUGUGUGUGUCAGUCACAUACGUGCCGCAGCUCUGCAUGCAAACGGAGGGGGGGGGCUUCUACUGAGUAAAGAGUGUAAUCAUCAGUGCAUGGAUGAGUGCCAUGAGAAGAAGCUGUGCCUGUGGUUUUGCAUGCCUGACACAAUCUCACCACACACACACACACUCUCCUCAACGAGACACAGCUGGCCUUCAGCUCACAUAAACCAUAAUUUUCAGUAGCGCUAUUUCCAUAGUUUGGAAUUGGUGAGAUUGUGAGUCAUUGGAUGGGCCGAGGUGAGAGCUUACCAGCUCCUCG